UCCUCCACGACACUACCUGCACUAGAAGGCGGUGCAGAUCACACACCAUGGAAGACCUCACCAACGUUUCGAAAUCUUGUGAUGAUUCAGCUUCCCCCUGGCACCACACUAAUUCGAGAUCACAUAAGGAAUUCGACGUCACCAGUAGUAUCCAUAGCCCCGACGAUGCCAGUAAUACGGAGGUUUCCACGCCAGAUGAUAUGGCCCUUUUUAGAAUGCCGCUGAAUGGUCAGAACCAGAGCCCUGAUCCGUACGGCAAAUGGUUCAAUUUCCUGAAAAAAAUCAAAGUAUGUGCGUUGCUAUCAGCGUUAACUGAGUUCUAAUAUGUUAAAGGCCUGCUUUGGCAAAAAUUCUGAAGAGUCUGGAACAUGUUAUGACACUCUUAAUGAGUUUAGACUCGGCAAGAUCACAAAGAGGGACGUCUACUUUGCUAUCGUGGAUCAAUUGGGCGAUGACAAGGACCUCAACGAAGAAUUUUCAAUCCUCCUAUUCGAGGAUGCAGGCCAAGGCCCUGAAAACUUUCAAGCGCAGCGCUGUGCGUCUUCAUCACAUCAAUAUAGAGUCUCCCCAGAGUCCUUGCAACCAGACCACGAGCCUCAGUUGCCCACACUUUCUACGCUAGAACAGUGUAAUGCCGUUCAGUCAACCCAAUCUGGGCUGGAUGCAACGCUAUCACAGAUCUCCAACCCAACCCCCCUCAAUCAAACUCUGUACACUGGCGUUGGCAAUGGCCCAAAGAGCUAUGGGUCAUAUCACCAGCCAACACACCCCCAGAAUGCAGAAAGCAAUCUCUAUUCUUCACCCAUAGCCCCUUCAAUUGCCAACUCUUCCCCUCCUGCUCAGCUGUCAGCCCAGUUCCGAAACUGGAACCUAUAUUCCUUGCCGGUUUUGGGUACUCAAGUACCUUCCCUCCAAUCUGACUAUAGCUUCGCCCAUGCGCCACGGAUUGGUUCCGGGAUCGGCAAUGGCUCUCAACCACAGAGCUCCUCCCUCGGCGAUGCUUGGAGCCACGACGAUCCUGAGAAUGUCUUUGCUCGUAGUCGGCUUGACGAUAAUCUUGCUGGCAGCCAUCAUGUUUGUACUCCAGCUUUAUCCAGCCUAGAGUUGACCCUACAGGCAGUGUCUCCCCAAGAGAGGCCUACAAAUCUCGGUCAUUCCGUUCUCAGAACACCUAUUAGUGUUCUCCAGGGUCGAACCGUUUGUGAGCUGUCUCCGCCGAGCAAGUAUAUACAGAAUGAGUCUCGUAUCUUCGAUGAUACCGUUGGGGAACAUGCAGGUGAGAAAGCGAUUGGUGUUUUCCAGGGUCCAACGUCUUACGAGCUGCCUUCACCGACCAAACAUAUGCCAAAAGAAGCUCUCAUCUUUAGCGAUACCAAUGAAGAGCAUGUAGAUGAAGAGAGUGGCGUUACAAUUCCGCUCCAUUCGACUCGACAUGCGUCUUCAUCUUCCCUGUUCAUUGCUUCGUCUUCGAGCCGCCGACCAAGCCGUACACCUUCCAGCGGUUCUUUCGUUCAUAUUAUCUGCAACAGAGGCUUCCCGACUCGACUUGCUGUAAAGAAGCACCACUGGGGCGCUAGGGUGAAUGACAUGUUGACGAAAACGGGAUGUUGGCACAAGCACAAUAGACCGGAUAUUGCAUGGGAUGACCACCCAAGCUGCAAAUUGCAACCGCGAGCCCGGGCACCUCCGAAAGCUAAGGAGCUGAAGCGCAAAUCAGAGCCUGCGGUCCCGAAAUUCAAAGCUUCAGCCCUUCCGACCAUGAUACUGAACGCUCAAAACACGCAGUCUGGGUUUCCAACCCUGGAGGAGCUCCCGAAGUUGGUCGCACAGACCGUCAGUGCUAUGCCUACCCAGACUGGAUUUGGCCGGCAAGAGGAGACAAGUGCUUAUCGUAGUUUUGGAUACCCAGAUCGAGUGGUUGGAGUACGAAAUCUUGAUGCUUUGACAAAGGCACCUGGAGCGACAUCGAGGAUAGCGACUCCGAAUCAGAGUUACUACGGUGAGGCGGUCUCUAGCUUGAAUACUCAAUUCACUGCUGUUGGUGGAAGUGGGACUCGAUUUGAUUUGUCGUGCAUGUCACCUGUUGGUCAGCAAGACGACGUCCCAGCGGGUCAAGCCUGGACUCAAUAUCUUCGACCCCUUGCUUCCCUUCGACCUCUUACGCCCCAACCCGCCACUACUCAGGCUGUAGAAGAGAGUACUGCUAAUCAGGCCACUGUCACCGCACAAGAGCUGCAAGGAGGGUUGCACAGCGAAGAGAGCGCUGGACCGGAUCUUGCCGUUUCUACCAGCACUGGAACGAGUGCAUAAAUGUCUCAAGGGACGCCUUAAGAGUCUGCCGAUCCGAAUACACCUAC